ACCUCCCCAGCACGGGGCUAUAAAGCCGGCGCCACCACCGGCCGGAUGAUACCUGUGACACGCACACACACUCCACGCUCGCGCCCAGGAAAGCAAGCGACACCGCACAACAAGCAACAAGUUCUGUUCAGGUUGGAGGUCGAGUGGGACCGAAUGGCGUCGGCGCCGGUGGAGUUCCUGGGCGCGCGGGAGGGCGGGGUCGGCGGGGACGCGCUCUAUUGCGCCAUCAUCCUCUGGCUCUCCGUCAUGUCGUGGAUCAUCUUCACCUGCGUCGGCAGCGACGACGGCGGGAGGCGCCGGAGGGGCCGCCGCGACACCAAGGUCUUCGUCGGCGCCGAGCGCCUCUGCGACGGCACCGGGCCCCACUGCAGCGGCGGAUACGGCCUCUGCGGGUCCUGCGUCGACUAGCCUCCCCCUCCAAAUCGUCCGUUUGGUUCGUCGUAAUCGAGAGUCGAAAGCACUAGUAGUAGUAUCAUCUAUCUAUGGUGUGGUGUGAUGAAGAACUCCUCUCUCCUUCUCCGGGGAGCUCCGUUCUUGUAGCAUGUAAAUAGUUUCAGCGAUCGAUGAUGAUCGACGAGAUGAGCAAGUAUGAUCUGGUAGCAGUAUGAGUUUCUCCCCUUUGUGAAGACAAUAAGAGGGAGCUAGCGUCUGGUCCUGGUUCCUGUUUUGGCCGCAAGAAUUUGUCUCGAUUGACUCGUCC